AUGCUAAGAACACCACUCAAUAUCAACUUAAAAAAGAACUCCUUAUUGCAAUUACAGCGCCGUAUAAUGUCUUCAAGUGCCGAGCCCUCUGUAUUAUUCACUGUCAAAGAUACUGCAAGAAUCAUCACACUAAAUAGACCCAAAAAAUUGAACGCAUUGAACACUGAAAUGUGUUCUCUGAUGUUCAAUACACUAAGUGAAUACUCUAAGAGUGGGUUGACUGAUUUGAUCAUAUUGAAAUCUUCAAAUUCGCCCAGGUCAUUCUGUGCAGGCGGUGAUGUUGCUGCUGUGGCAUUGAAUAAUAUCGAGAAUCCAGAGAAAAUAGCUGAUUCAGUGAAUUUUUUUAAAAGUGAAUAUUCUUUAAAUGCCUUAUUAGCAACAUUCAACAAACCAAUCGUAUCAAUAAUGGAUGGCAUCACAAUGGGAGGUGGUGUCGGUCUCUCAAUUCAUACACCUUUCAGGAUUUCAACAGAAAAUACCAAAUGGGCUAUGCCUGAAAUGGAUAUUGGCUUUUUCCCAGAUGUGGGAGUCUCUUUUGCUCUUCCCAGAACCAUAGGUCUAGCGAACUCAAUGUCACAAAUGUCACUCUAUUUAUGUUUAACGGGAGAUCUACUGAAUGGUAUUGACACGUAUAUAUUAGGUCUAGCGUCACAUUAUGUUCCUCAUGAAAACUUAGCUGAACUAGAAAAAAGAUUGAGUGAAAUCCAUCAAAAUAGUAUUGUCAAUAAAGAAGAAUAUACUCUUGAUAUCAUAAAUGAAACCAUUAAGGAAUUCACAACACCAAUACCAUCUGAAUAUAACUUCAAAUUUACGGAUGAUCAACUUUUAGUAAUUGAAACUUGUUUCAAGAUUCAUGAAAUUCAAACCCAUAGUGAUAUUAUCAAAAAGUUGGAUUCCUUUGAGGGAUCUGAAAAUGCAAGAAUAUUUGCAAAAGAUAUCAAAGAAAAGUUAUUAACGAAAUCAAAAACCUCAAUGGAUGUUGCUAUCAGGCUUAUUCAAGAAAAUUCCAGAGAUAAUAUUGUGUCUGCAUUGAGAAGGGAUCUAUGUACCGCUGUAAAUAUGUGUUUCAAUGCUGAUCAAUAUUGUGAAUUUUCUUCCGCAACCAAACAUAAGCUAGUUGAUAAACAGAAGACCCUUUAUCCAUGGAAACAAACCAAAGACCUAAGUAUCUCGCAAAUAACAAGCAUCGUAUCUCCAAAGCCUUCAAUGGAUACGGGACUGUUAAAGAAUUCAAUUAAUACGACGCUAGUAGAUUAUCCUUACCAUUUAAGAUACCAGCUACCUACUGAAACGAAAAUAAAAGAUUAUAUAUACAACAAUAAUAUCACGGAACAAGCAAAUGUAAUUGACUAUUUUGCAAACAUUAAUGAGCAGACAAAGGACAAAUCGGGUAUCAAAUUAUAUUGUGAAAGUAUUUUCAAAAGAAAAUGUGCAUUCCAAGACUCUAAGAUUGAAUGGAAAUUGUGA